CUCCCAUCUGGUUUAUCAUUGUUGAUUGUUGUGUUUGUAAGCAAAACAAAAUCUCGUGGUUCGUGUCUUUGCAAUAAGACCUAGUGAUUAAUUUCAUUCUUUCAGUCAUUUUUAAAGAGGUGACAACACUUCAUACUAAAGAUGAGUUCGUCAGCACUCUCGUAUCAAGAUGGAAGUGAGCUGGAGCCCAAAGAAUUGAUACCCCAACUCUGCAGACUUUUCUACGGACUCGGAUGGGUAACUGGAUCAGGUGGUGGAAUCAGCAUUCGAAAGGGCGACCAAAUCUUUAUCGCCCCCUCCGGCGUGCAGAAAGAAUGUAUUCAGCCUGAAGACCUUUUCAUCCAGAACCUCGAAGGCGAGGACUUGUUAGUGCCGCCGCCGAGCAAGAAGCUGAAGAAAAGUCAAUGCACACCCCUUUUCAUGUGUGCCUACCGCCUACGAAACGCCCAAGCUGUAAUUCAUUCGCACUCAAAAAGCGCCGUCCUUGCCACCCUGAUCAGUGCAGGAAAUGAGUUCAGAUGCACUCACCUUGAAAUGAUAAAGGGUAUUUAUGACGCAAAGCUCGGACGUAACCUCAACUACAACGAGACUUUGGUGGUGCCCAUUGUCGAAAACACGCCCUUCGAAGCCGACCUGGAAACCAGCCUCGCCGCUGCCAUGGAAAAAUACCCUGGCACGUCAGCGGUAUUAGUGCGUCGCCACGGUUUCUAUGUCUGGGGUAAUUCCUGGCAGCAAGCGAAAGUUAUGGCUGAAUGCUACGAUUACCUCUUUGACGUUGCGGUCCAGAUGAAGCAGCUGGGCCAGGAUGCGUCUGUCGCUCCGGAGGAGAAAAGCAAUGGACAUGACUAAUGUGAUUGGGGGAGUUUUAAUUCAAAAUAUAGUGAUAUAUUUCCUAAGUUGGAUCGUUUGACGUAAUAAAAUUAAUCAAAAAAGCA